AUGUUAUGGGUAGGAUAUCCAAAAGACGAACCUCAAACUACGAAUGGUGUAGAAGCAUUUCAUAGACAUUUUAUCCAACAAUUUUACACUCCACAUCCCCACAUACACCAGAUCACUGGCGCGGCUCGAGGAAUAGGUCGUGAACUUGCGUUUAGAUUCAGCAAGCUGGGUGCAAAAAUUGCAUGCCUGGACGUCGAUGAAAUCGGAAACCGAGAAACAGCAACAAUUAUUAAAGAAAACGGAGGAACAGCAGCCGAUUAUAAAUGUGACGUGACUAAAAAGGACCAGGUGAAGAAUGUGCACAAAAAAGUGGUACAGGACUUGGGUCCGGUAGAUAUUUUGAUUAAUAAUGCCGCUAUCGUGUGGGGUUACUCGUACAUCCAUCCCUUUGCGGAUCAGUUCAUAGAGGACCUAAUCAACGUGAACCUCAUGGGACAGUUUUGGGUAAAUAGAGAAAUAUUGCCGUCCAUGUUGGAGAGAAACAGUGGACACAUCGUGUCAAUAUCUUCGUUAUCUUCCAUGCGCCCAGUACUCGGCGCUUCCGCGUACACGACUUCCAAAUGUGCCAUCAACGGUAUGAUGGAAUGCAUGGAAAGCGAGCUAAAGUAUUUGAACUCCAAUUUAAGGACGACGACUAUUCUGCCGUACUUCGUGAAAACCAACCCCAAAAUUACAGCCAGAUUACACAUUAGAUUAUCGGAAAUACCUACGGAAAUCGCUGUCGAUGAAAUGAUGAAAGGAAUACUGGAAGAACGACGAGUGUUUUCGAUUCCUGGAUUAUUUUUGCCGAUAGUAUCGUUUGUUAGGUUGUUACCUGAUGAUUUACAAAAUGUAUUCAAUAAAAUAACAGAUAUAAGGAUUACACUGGACGAAUAUGAUCUAGAAAUUUUCAAAAAAAUAUAUUCGUAAAUGAUGAAUUUACAA